AUGAUGCCUUUAGUAUCACAGUCAAUUCAGUUAAGAAGUUCACAACUGGCAAACAAGAAGGAGAAUUUGACUGAAGCUGAAAAAGCGAUGUUGGCUGCCCGUAAAAGACAAGAAAAAGAUCAAGAAGAAAAACUUCUGAACUACGAGGAACAACGCCGCGUGGAACGGGAGAAGGAGGAAGAAGAAUUGAGAGCGCUAAAGGAAAAGCAAGAAAGACGCCGUUUAGAACGCGAACGUGAAGAAAGAGAAUUUGCCCUGCGACAGGAACAGGAGGAAAAACGACGAAAGCAGGAGGAGGAGGAACGUAAAGCCCGAAUUGAAGCUGAUAGAAAGAAGAAGGAAGAGGAGAAAAAAAAACGUGCUCUUUUAUCUCAAGCUACAUUUAGUGUGAUAAUGAACGGCCAUAAUGGAGGUCGCAAUUUUGUGAUCCCAACAAAGACUGAUCGUGCUGACAAGUUUGGAAAUAUUGUCCAGGCAAAGCAAGAGAUGGGUAUGACAAAAGAACAACAAGAGGAGGCCAAACGAAACUAUUUAUCGACUGUCGCACGGACUAUUGAUAUUCCAGCGAACGAUAUCACAUCGCUUAAAGAUAAAAUUCGUGUUCUUCACCAGAAAAUUUGCCGUUUAGAAGCCGAUAAAUACGAUUUAGAAAAAAGACAGGAACGUCAAGAGUACGACUUACGCGAAUUGAACGAACGACAACGGCAAGUAGCUCGUAACAACGCUUUGAAAAAGGGCAUUGAUCCAGCAGACUCCGCUUCAUCAAGAUAUCCUCCAAAAGUCUCGAUUAUCAGCAAAUACGACCGGCAAUCUGAUAGAAGGAACUUUGCCGAGCGACGGGCAGUGUUCGAAAAUAAAAAAGCGUUUCCUUGUUUUCCAAAUAUGCCACCUCCGCCUACAGUAUACGAAAAAGUGAUAUUGAAAUUGGACGAUGAAAAUGAUGGGGAAAACGAGGACGAAGAAGAAUAUGAAGAUGAGCGAUUUGCCUGA